AUGGCAGCGGACAGAUACUCUUCUGCCAUCGUUACAUCUCAAGAUGAAAACAAUCUGUUUGUGGACCUACUCCAGGAGGCUCCGUUGUAUGGCCACCGAAAGCCUACAAGUAUAUUGGGGAGUGUAUUCUACUGUAUCUUGCUGGCAAGCUAUGCUAUAUUUGCUGCUGGAGCUACAUUAUUCAUUCAUACUCGAAAAGAGCUGAUGACGCCUUUGCUUUGCAGUUCUGAUGUAAUUCUUCUGGUGGUCACUGGCAUAUUUCAGCAAUAUCUAGUUUACCAAGUUCAGAAGAUACGGUUACAGGGGUACUAUGUUUUUAGCCAAAAGUUGAAGCACAUUAUUCGGUUACCUUUCACUGUCUUAGCAUACGGAACUGCUGCGAUGCUGCUUAUCAUUGUCUGGGAAUCAAAUGUUGACCUUCUGUCCAAGCAUACAAUACUGAGGAUUAUUAUGCUAGCUGAAGCAAUUUUUGCUGGGUUUUUUGUAAGUGUCUAUAUGGGGUAUGUACACCAGAAUAAUGCUAUGGACUCAGAGCCCGAUGUCUUAAAAUCACUUUAUUCUCCACUUCUAUCAUCAAACUCUGUAGAAGGGUUAAGAUAUCAUGAGGGUGGACGGCUAUCUGAUCAGCAAAUGGCACUGUUGCAAUACCAGCGUGAAAACAUCCAUUUUUUGAGCGAAGAAAUUCUCAGAUUGCAGGAAUGCCUGAGUAAAUAUGGAAGGUCCAGUGAUGGUAACACACCUCAGGUUGAUCUUGCACAUCUGUUAGCAGCUCGUGACCAGGAACUCCGCACAGUUUCUGCUGAGAUGAACCAACUGCAGUCUGAGCUUAGUCUUGCAAGAUCUUUGAUCGCGGAGCGAGAUUCUGAACUCCAGAGUCUCCGAAGUACAAAUAAUCAGUAUGUUGAGGAAAAUGAGAGGCUGAGGGCAAUUUUGGGAGAAUGGAGUACGCGAGCUGCUAAGCUUGAACGAGCCUUAGAGAUUGAGCGAUUAUCAAACUUGGAAUUGCAAAAGAAACUGGCCACCCUGAAAAGCCAAUCAAGGGAAUCAAUGGAGCCAAGUUUAUAG